AUUACCCAGAUCAAGUCACUGACCUGGCCGUAUCUGGUAACGACGUGACAUGGUAGUGUUUGUUGGCGUCAACCACAGCGAGUUCAGUAGCUAGGUCAUAUGUGGUUUAUUCACGGGCAGGCUCUCAAGCACAACGGACACCACACCGGUAAGGUGAGUUACCGGCGCCGGUACCACCUGGAGGUUUGUGCGGCCUAGUAACCCUGUACUGAACUCAUCGGACGACCUUCUUUCCUCCAACAAAUUUGUGAAUUCCAGGGGUCCAUACCUGUAUUAGGUGAUUCGACCGCAGUCGUCCGCGUACCUGUUGGAACAAAUGAGCACUAAGGAAGAACGGUUACGAGACUACGUUAGGGGGCACAGUAAGAGCGGUCAUCCUCUUAGUGUCCUUGAAGCCUUCGACAAGUUUUCAUCUGAUCUAGAAUGGACCAUGCACGUGGGAGAAACAAAAGGUGUCGUGCUUGAUCAGGCGAUACGAGACCUCCAACCAAAAGUGUGCCUGGAACUAGGGACGUACUGUGGCUACUCCGCCAUCCGCAUGGCCAGGCAGCUGCGGACGGGCGGGAGGGUGAUCGGUGUGGAACACAGUCAGAAGUUUGCUGAUAUCGCCCGGGACACCGUUAGACACGCGGGGCUGGGCAAAAUGGUUAAGAUGAUCGUUGGUAGUUCCAGUCAAGUCAUUCCUCAGCUGAAGAGCCAACAUGGCGUCUCACAGGUGGACUUCGUGUUUCUGGACCACGCCGAGUCUCUGUACACCACGGAUUUAAAACUGCUAGAGAGACACGAGCUCCUGUCCACGGGGUCUGUGAUCCUGGCGGAUAACGUGAUGCAUCCCGGUGCCCCGGACUUCCUGAAGUACGUGCGCGGCUCGCCCCGGUACGAGUGUUCCUUCCACCCCGCCACGGUACGGACGGUGGACGGGAACACCGUACAGGACGGCAUGAUGAAGGCGGUCUACUACCACAGACGGAUAUGAUAAUGCGUGCAAUGGUGAGUCCAAGGUACCACUCUAGUUAACAAGAAAUCAGAGACUUCAAACCUUUGGGUUCGUGACCAGGGCUACUUGUGGACAAGUACAUGGGCCAUGUACGCUAUGGGAUGGUUUGUUAUAGGCAUGAGCUAAAAUGUUUGGCUAAAUGUAUGUUCCUUUGUGAGAACAGUGCAUAGAAAACGUUGUUUGACCGUCUGUAUUAUGUGCCUGUACCAAAACAACCAUGUUUAAAUGUUAGUUUUCAUGUAAAAGAACAUAGCAGAAUAGAAUAGCGGUAUAAUGUAGACUCGACUACAUUUUACGUUGACGAUUUACAAGUGUAUACUUUUGUUUAGUCAUCAUGAUCAGCAUGUAAUUCAUGUGCCAUACAUGUAAGUCGUGUAGCUUUCAACCUGACUAUACAAUCAGUACUCUAACCCGCAAUAUCCCAUUAAUGCUAUUAAGAAGCCGCAUAUGUCUGUGUAUUUGGAGGCGACAUAUAAUAACGUCGAUUAUGAAAUAAAUCAGUCUAAAUUGUCAAAAGAGUGAUCAUAAACAUUAGUUGAAACAAGAAUCAUGUCUUUUUUUUCCUGUAUUUGAAAAGUUCCAAAAGUGGCACUAGUCAGAAGAAUAAAAUUAAACUGCAGUAUUUGUGAUGGAGAUUCAGUUGUGCCAUGUCUACAUGUAGUUUUAUGA